GGUAUGCCAACGUGGGUGAUCGGCGGGUCGUUGUUUCACCAAUCGCGGUAUGCCACACCAACACAUGGUGCGCGGCACGUAAGUCUUGCGACGAAGGACCGGAGGUGAAGUUACAACGUUCUGAUUUUUUGUUGAUUUAAAAGUCGUGGAAAUGCAUGAUUGUGCGUUUUAAGCGGCAUACAGCUGGAGAAUCGCCGUUGGGAUAACGCACUUGUCGUCUGAAACUUAAAUAUAAGAUGGAGUUCUCGCGAAAGAGUCUCCCGAUGGCGUCGUUAGCCUUACUUCUUGUCGCCUCUUUCAUCGGCAUAAGCGAGGAGAUUGCUGUCAUGAGUAUCGACAUCGGCAGCGAAUGGAUGAAAGUGGCGAUCGUCUCGCCCGGUGUUCCCAUGGAGAUAGCUCUAAAUAAGGAGUCCAAGAGGAAAACACCAGUGUCGAUCGCAUUCAGAGAUGGCGAGAGGUCUUUUGGUGAGGACGCCCAAGUGGUUGGCGUGAGAUUUCCACAGAACACCUAUUCUUACAUCCUGGAUCUCCUGGGGAAGCCCAUAGAUAAUCCUCUGGUGCAACUGUAUAUGAAGAGGUUUCCCUACUACAACAUUAUCGCUGACGAUGAGAGAAAAACUGUAGCGUUUAAGUUAAAUGAAAACACAACGUACACUCCAGAGGAAUUGCUCGCCCAGAUACUACACAAGGGCAAGGAAUUCGCGGAGGUGUCGGCUCAUCAGAAGAUCAACGAGGCUGUUAUCACAGUCCCGGGAUUCUUCAACCAGGCCGAGAGGAGAGCUCUGGUGCAAGCGGCGGAGCUCGCCGGCCUGAAGGUGUUGCAACUAAUAAACGAUUACACGGCUGUUGCUUUGAAUUACGGCGUGUUCGGUAGGACCGAGAUUAACGACUCCGCGCAUUACAUUAUGUUUUACGACAUGGGUGCGAGUAGUACCACCGCGACAGUCGUCAGUUAUCAGAACGUGAAGACGAAGGAGCGGGGUUUCGUCGAGACCAAUCCUCACGUUACUGUGCUGGGUGUGGGAUACGACCGCACACUCGGCGGCCUGGAGAUGCAGAUCAGGCUGCAGAAUCACCUGGCCAAGGAGUUCGACGCUUUGAAGAAGACGCCGAACUCGGUAUUCAAGAGCCCGAGAGCGAUGGCGAAGCUCUUCAAGGAAGCCGGCCGCGUGAAGACCGUGCUCAGCGCUAACGCGGACCACUUCGCGCAGAUUGAGAGUCUGAUCGACGACAUUGACUUCAGAUUGCAAGUCACGAGAGAAAAGCUGGAAGAGAUAUCCGCCGAUCUGUUCGAGCGUGUGGCGAGUCCCGUGAGAAUCGCCCUGGAGACGUCGGGCUUGGCUAUGGAUGUCAUAUCGCAUGUUGUAUUGGUGGGGGCAGGUACUCGAAUGCCGAAAGUGCAGGAAAAACUGUCGCAGUACGUAAAGACGGAAUUGUCGAAGAACGUGAAUACAGAUGAGGCUGCUGCUUUAGGAGCCGCAUACAAGGCGGCUGAUCUCAGUCAAGGUUUCAAAGUCAAGAAAUUCGUCACGAAGGACGCCGUGGUGUUUCCCAUUCAAAUUGUAUUCGAUAGAAUUAUCGAUAACAAAGUCAAGCAGGUGAGGAAAACGUUGUUCAGCAGGAUGAAUCCUUUCCCACAGAAGAAGAUUAUCACAUUCAACAAGCACACGGAAGACUUCGACUUCCAAGUGAACUACGCCGAAUUGGAUUACUUACCGUCCAGUGAGGUACCAGCCAUCGGUAAUUUAAAUAUAUCCACUAUAUCGCUGAACGGUGUAGCCGAAGCUUUAAAGAAGCACGCUAAAGAAGGUGCCGAGAGCAAAGGAGUCAAGGCGCACUUCAAUAUGGACGAUAGCGGAAUAUUGAAUUUACUGAAUGUAGAACUAGUAUCUGAAAAGUCGAGCGUUACCGUUGACGAAGAAGAGGGUACUUUCUCAAUACUUGGCUCAACUAUUACUAAAUUCUUUGCAGGGUCCAAUGAGAAAGAGACGACAGAAAAGACGGAAGAACCGCCGAAAGAGGAUAUAAAGCCGGUGCACGAAGAGCCGGAAUAUUCGGAGGCACAGAAGGACACGGAAGAGAAGGCGAAGAAGAAGAACGAAACGAAAUCGAACGAAGAUAAAGGUGGGAAUAAGACCGAGAAGGCGGAGAAAGAGAAGAAAGCCACUGUCGUUCAGAUUAAGGAGCCUAUUGGCUCGAACGAGAUCAAAUUGGGGUCGCAGAUUCUUUCUGGUGACAAACUUCUACAGUCUCAAGACAAGAUACAUAAUUUAGACGUGCACGAUUCGAAGAAAGCGCGUCGAGAAACUGCAUUGAACAAUCUUGAGUCGUACGUGAUCGAUGCGCAGCAAAGGCUCGAUUCCGAUGAGUACUUGGCCGCAGCCACCGAGAAAGAGGUCGAGGAGUUACGUAAAGCGUGCGCCGAGGUCUCCGAGUGGCUGUACGAAGACGGAUUCACUGCGACCGCGGAAGUGUACGAGGAGAAGUUGUCGGAACUGCAGAGGUUAACCAAUGACAUCUACGAGAGAGUUUCCGAGCACCGGGAUCGCCCGGAGGUUCUGAAAGCGGUAUCCUCGCUACUCGACAACAGUAAAUUGUUCUUGAAUAGUAUGCGGAAUCUGAGCGUUACGGCCGAUGUCAUCACGCCUGUUGAAGUGGAGACAUUAGAAAAAGCGAUCAACGAGACGCAGGAUUAUUAUGACAUGGUUACGAAGCACUUUGCUGAAACGCCGUUGAACGAACCAGUAAAGUAUAAGGUCCGGCAUAUCUCGAACAAGAUGGAGUUGCUCGACCGGGAAAUUAAGUAUCUUAUAAACAAGAUAAAAAUUUGGAAGCCGAAGGAAGCUGUAAUGAACAAUCAAACGGACAAUAAAACCGAGCGAGCAACGGAAAACCAGGAGGAAUCCCCGCUUGAUUCCGCGACGGAAGCCGACGCUGAGAAAGACACACCUGCAGAAGAACAAACUGCGUCCAGUAACGAGCAGGAACAACAGGAUGCACCGCCGGAAGCCGACGCUGAGAAAGACACACCUGCAGAAGAACAAACUGCAUCCAGUAACGAGCAGGAACAACAGGAUGCACCGCCGGUGAUGGAUGAGACGCAGGAGUCGUUGUUUAUACCGGAAAGAGAGGAGCCGUUAAGUGAAAACGAAGUUGAGGAGGAUACGCAUCAAGAACUAUAAAAAAAUAAUUUAUUUAAAAGUGUGUGAUUCUUUGUUAUUGGUCGACGGGCAGCGUCGAUUUAGAGCAAUUUCUGUAGAUUUAUCUUCGUCGGAUGCAUUUAAAACACCAAUCAAAUCUUGACACAUUUGCUCAGUGGGUGGAUAAAUUAUUUCACUCGGGUUCGAAUACAAAUUAUAUAUUUCCUGUAUUUUGUUGAUGACAUAUUCACGCAGGAAAUAUACGUGAAUAAUGUUGUCCGUUGGUUUAUUUAUAAUGCAAGUGUUAAUUAACACAUGGUCGGAAGAUAAUCGGUGAUAAUCUUAUCGAGAACCGCUCUACUUGCGAUAAUUAUAUUACACAAGUGCCAAGCAAUAGCAGGUUCUGAUAUUCAACUUACCAAUGUAGACACACAUAUGUGAAUAGGCCAGUUCUUACGAAACGUUCACAUGUCAAAUUUUGAAAAUUGUAAUAUAUCAAACUUUACUUUGCAUGUUAAACACGUUUCAAAUGCUGAAAAUCUACCUUUUAAUUACGUGUUAUCGUCAUAUUUGGAGUUUGCGGUAUAAGGCAUAUUGCUUAAAAAAAAAAAAAGGUGAUGAAAUGAUUUUCGCAUGAAUAUGAAUCAUUCACAGAAUAGAGACUUUUUCAUACAGAUACAUUUUUGCAUGUAUUUGUAAAUAUAUCCUGAAAGAACUUCUUUUACUUCUUCUAUAUAAAUAUACAUCGAUACCGCUUGAUUGUUCGGCGACAUAUCUUGUGAAAAAAGCUUCAUUAUUUUUUUUUUGUUAUUCUCUGUUAAUUAUGGUGACAUUGCAUAAUGAAUAAUUUCAAAUGUUCUUAUGUACAUGUCUUGCAGAUAUUUUGAUGAUUAUUUACGAAUAGAAUAAUUAUAUUCGCACAAAAUACAUUAAAUAUGAAAAUCAAGAAUCAUAUGAUAAAAUUGCUCUUUCGUAUCUAACUAAUACUUAGCAAAACUUUCUGGCAAUGAAAAACACAUCAAGAAGAUGAUAAAUUAUUGUCAUUCUACUGCCAAUUAGGCGUUCAGGUUCAACGAAUUAUCAUUCCAAUAACGAUAAAUAUAAAACUGUAAUUUCGAAUAUUACUUGUGGUAUCUAUUAAUUUGAAAGAAUAAAAAAAUAUAUAAGAUAUGAUUAAUGUAAGGAAAUAGGAAAUAUACUGUUAUCGUACGUUUAUUUUUCUUAGAAGUAUGUAUAAAUUAUUGAAAAUAAUCAUACAAGCCGUUAUCUCUAA